AUGGGGAAACGAGACCUGCAGAAGGAGAAGCAGCAGGAGCUCGCUGCUAUUUGGGGGAGUGAGGUUCAAGGAGAUGCACGUUUUCCUAAACGACGCAGGGCCGCGCAAAAAAAGGGUCUUGGUGCUGUUGAGGACAACGACGACGACGUAGAUCCAGACGUCCUGUCAGACAUUGGAAGCGAUGCCGGCAGCAUCACGAGCAAGCUCAGCGAUACAGCAAGGAAGGAAACGCGGAAGACAGUCAAAAAGAAGAGAGCCGACUAUCGCCUCCAUUGCUUUGUCGAACCCGGCACGGAACUGAACGCCGUUCGCACCGUCUUUGAGGCCUACGAGCCCAAGGUCGAAAUUCGUACAGCGCAGAAGGGCAAUUUGCUCAACAAGUCACAGUUUGCAGUGCUCACGUUUCGCAACAAGGCAAUGGCGCUCCAUGCGGUGAAGCAGCUUGACGGAACCAAUCAGCGUGAUCUGCUGGGUGUGAGUAGCCUGAAGCUGAACCUUAUGCUGACAAGGCAGCAGAGCAAGAUUGCGCGCAAAGCACUCAACCGAAAGAUCCGCCAUGAAAAAGAGCGAAAUCAGCUCAUGGAAGAGCAAGAAGACCUGGCGUUUAUUGAAAACUUUUUGAAGCAGCAUAGUAGUGCAAAGAAGAGCAAGUAA